AUGGACACCCUCCUGGAACGCUCCCGUCAACUGCCUUUGCACUUUGGGAUGCCCCGUAUCGACUGGCAUGCUCCCGUGCGUGAGAAAUAUGACCCUUACUGGUACAAACAUCGAGGCAAGAUCGACUUCGCUAUUCAACACUUGGAUCGAGCGGCGAGCCUGAAGCUGCUCCAUCCAGUUGGAUCUCCCCGGGAUGUGGACUGGAGGGCGCACCUCAGUCAUACCUCGCUACCGAAAUUAUUCAGUCUGGCCAUAUACCAACCACACGUCUACUCUCAGAAGCGAUUGUUCAUCAACGCUCCGAACCUGAGGGAAGCCGUUGUGAACGGCCGCGCGAUGCCGCUCUUCCCUACGACUAUGACCAUGCUUCGCACACUCGAGAUCUCUCUCAGUUCUGCGAAGAUAUCGUUCUCGUCGUUUCACCCCAUUCUGAACGUCCUGCGCGGCACACCCCUUCUCGAGGAACUCCUGCUCAAGCGGAUCUUCUGCUUCAUAGACGGCGAUUUAGACGAACCAGCGACAUCUCAAGAACCGGUAAAACUAGCCCGUCUACGGACCGCGGUGCUAGAUAUCACGCAACCAGAAGAGUGGGGAUCAUUUUGGUCAAAGCUCAAUGUACCAGACGAUACAAACCUUUGUUUGAUUGUGAGCCUGGUCAUGAUCGAUGUCGCCGCGGCUUUAUACUCCACCGUGUCGCACUUGCGUCGCCCGGACUACGACAAACUCACGUUAACACUCUCCGAUAACUUCGUCCACCUUGAUGUCUCACCUGCGGAAGUUCCAAUCACGGAAAAAGGACUCCCGAAUGGUGGACAGAUAAGAUGGGACGACACGUUCCACGUCUCCUAUAUCAUGGGUUCACUACCCCGCUUCGUUGAAACUACGAACAUCCACAUCCUGGAUCUUCGUUUUGAUGUGCUACUACGGCCCCCGAGCGAGCUUGCAGCGUUUCUCGACAACUUUCAAAACGUGACGACCGUCUACCUGGAUGUCGUCGUGUCAACUUUGUUUGACAAUGAUCCGCCAACGCAAGCGCCCAUCGAGGCCACCUUGGUCUUUGGUUGGCAGUCACACAGCUUCAGAAACCUGUCUAUCAUUUGGGACAUUAUCAUCGCGUACGCGCACGGACGCGUGGCUUCUGGACAGCCCCUGAAAGUGCUUGAACUCCUCGGGGGCCAGGUGGAGAAUGGUCGUAGGGUCUUGCCUAUCGUUGUCGAAAAUCAAUUUCUGAAAACGGUUUCGGUGUAUGUGGAUAAAGUAAUUGACAGGCGCUGUCAAAAGUAG